AUCAAUCUUACAUUCAAAACUUAAAGUAUUCUUACAUCCAAAAACAAAAACAAAUAUGGCAAAAUCUCUUCUCAUGGUAAUGCUCGUGUCUAUAGUAAUGUUUUACAUGGCUCGUCCAAUUUGCUCCCAAAAAAUUAAUCCACAUUCACAGGAGAUGCCAGAAGAUGUGGCCAUAUCUCCAUCUUCAGAUUUUGAUUACGUCGAAGCUCCCGAUGAAGCUCCAUUCGAAGAAGCUGAUUCACCCGCAAUGGAAUAUGAUAGGGAGCUUGCUCACCAUUACUCGGACAAACAGCUCAAGUUUCUUGAGGCUUGCUCUGAAAAGCCGAGUUCAAAAUGCGGAAAUGAGGUUUUCAAGAACAUGUUAAAUGAGACAAUGCCAAUUACGGAGGAAUGUUGUCGUGAUAUAUUGAAGAUGGGCAAAGAUUGCCAUCUAGGAUUGGUUAAACUCAUAUUUGCCACAUAUGAGUAUAAAAAUAUUGCAUCUAAGGGCAUUCCAAAGAGCAAACAAGCAUGGAAUGAAUGUAUUCGUAGAGUAGGUAGCAAGAUUGGUGCUCCAGUCUCUUUUGAACAAUAAACUAAUAUUUUUAUGUGUUGAUGUGUCUAUGGGUUUUUGUAAAUUGACUAUUAUCAUUAUAAAACAACUGCUACCAUUUU